AUGGAAAAUAGAGUUCGAGAAAGGAGUGAGAUAGAGACAGGUACCUCACCAGAAGAACCGCCGACGAAAAAGAAUCCAUCGUAUGGGAGUAAAAAAUACUGGGAAGACAGAUACACUUCUGGUCAAGUGGUGGGAGAGGAGAAAGGUGCCGAGGAAGAUUCGCCAGAAGCUUUGCAUUCUUGGUAUUUCACAUACGACGAUCUCUCUCCUCUCCUCUUACCCCUGAUCCUUGGUAGUGGGGAAGGUGAAGAAUGUGAAGAAUGUGAAGAUUACGAUAUAGAUGACGAUAUAGACGACCAAGAGCCGUCUACACUUGAGACUCAAGAUGAAUCUAGCGAUGGCAAUGUCUCGGCGAACGCUAGGACUGAAGAGAGCAAGGGUCUUUCUUCGCGAAGGGAUGACCAAGAUGCCCCUCUAGACGAGGGAAAAUCUAAUAUAGAUGAUAGCAAUGGCAACAGCGGGGGGGAAGAUAACCGCAAAGAACAUGAAAUGGGCCGAACUGAUGACGACAACGAAGACGGUAUUUGUAGUCAGUCAAGGGAAGGCAAAUUCGAAGAUCUCGUCGAGAUCGUAGAAGACGAGGAAGAAGAGAGUGAUGAUGAUGAUGAUAACGAACAACCGAGGCAUCGUGAAGGUCUUAGCAAAUCUGGUUCGAUCGCCGUGCUAGAAGUUGGAUGUGGAGAUGUGCCGCUUGGCAGGGACCUUGCAAAGAGUAUCGAAUCAUUCGAAUCUCAAACAGGAGUCGCCCCCAGUACCAUCAUCAAGCAAGUCGUUUGUGUCGACUAUGCACCUUCUUGCAUCGCAACGUUAAAGAAAGGGCAGCAAUCUAAUAGGGGAAAUGAGAUCAAAAUCUGCUAUGAAGUCGGGGAUGCACGGAAGCUAUCAUACAAAAAUGCCUCUUUCGAGCUGAUUCUCGAAAAGGGAACUAUGGAUGCAAUGCUCUCUGACACGGAUGAAGGAGUCAAUAACUGCAAACUUAUUGUAGCAGAAGCUGCAAGAUUGCUGCGUACAGGAGGAUUUUUUGUCAUUGUAUCACACUUAAAUGCACAUGUGCAAUCAGGACUGCAGUGGCUGGAUAGAAUUGUAGUGCCAGGACUGAGAAUGAAUUGCAAGCAUACCCAAUGGGAAAUAGAAGUGCAUGGAAAUUCGUGUGUAGUUGAGUUUGGCGAAUCCGAAGAGGAAGAAAGUCCUGGUCCUGCAGUGUAUAUAAUUCACAAGAUGGAGUUGAAUGAAGAAGCGACCAACUCCAAUUCGCUAACAAUACCGCUGAAGUUUUUCUCAUACUAA